GCCGUCCGCCCACGUUGUUUCUCCUAUUUUUGUUUUUUCCCAUCUGUAAAUGUCCAUUCUUUUGCUCUAUAGUAUUUGCAGCGGAAGUAAAGGAGAAGGACGCUGCAGGUGUCGCCGAAAAAUCUAUACGGCCGGCAGGGCUGUAUGCAACUCGAAAACCAGGGAAGAUGGCGGAAAUUUUUGCUGGUGCAAUUGCUGGCGUUGCAGUACAAGAGUUGUGGAAUAUAAUCCAACGAGUGGCUGGGCAACGUAGCAUGUUUGAAGAGCAGUACAAGGAGCUUCAGAGCGCGUUGGAAAGGUUAAGUCCAGUACUGGACCAACUUUCGGCCAAUCGGGAGGUGGAGGCUCUGCGCUGCGAGAUGACAAAAGGCGGAGAGAUCAUAAGCAAGUGUGCCCACGUUUCCUGCUGGAACGUCCGCAAGCAAUUCGACUACACCCGGCGGCUAGAAGAGCUAGCAAAAGCCAUCCAGGAAAGCGCACGGACUGCGACUGUAAAGACACUGAGCUCGAGGAUGGGGGAAAUAAAUUCCAAGUUGGAUAAGUUGCUGGGAGGAGACGAGGUGACUGGAAUUAGGUCAGGAGGUUCUGUUGCUGCUCUGCCUCCUCUCCCUGGUAAGGUCUUUGGGAUAGAGAAUCCUCUGAAUGAGCUGAAAGAGAUAUUGAAGAUGCAUCAGGUGGUUGGCGUUUGUGGGAUGGUGGGUUCAAGAGAAUCAAGACCACCUUGGUGAACAGCCUCUGCAGGGACCCAUCUAUCACAGAUAAGUCGCUGCAUAGAAUCUUUUUUGGCUUAUAAGAGUUACGCACUUCUUCGUGAGAAUCGUGGAGGGAGUGCGCAUUUCAGAAAAAUGU